CGCCUCCGUCGUUUUCUCUCAGUCAUACCAAACUCGUUCUCUAUGAUGCCGACUCUUGCACCCCUAACCCUCCUAACUUUCGCCUUUAUGCCUCCUCCUGGAAUAUCUGUAUUGUAAUUGCUACCCACAUCGUUUUCAUAUGAUUCAGGCGAGAGUUUGUGAGAAAAAGAGCAUGCUGUCAUUAGCGAGUAUACGAGGAAUUAUAUUAUUUAAUGGAGUCCUCCCCCGCCACUGAAGGGAGUGGACUCGCCCACACCACCGACGCCGCCAUUUUCGCCUCUUUGUUCGCAAAGUAGAGUGUUAUUUCUCGUCUAAUCCUUGAAUUUGGGGAUUUUACACAUAGUUCAACAUUGCCGCCGUAGUUGUCAACGCCGUUACCUGCCAGGGAAGGAAGGAACGAGGCGUUACAAGUGAUCGCCAACAGGAAGUUGAAAAUGAAACCUUGAACCUGUUUCUCAUGUGGAAGCAAUAGAUAGUGUUCGGAUGCUUCCCUCCACCCGCUGCAACCUGGAACUAAUGUUUGCUGAAACAUUUUCCACUGUUAUCUGGACGAACAAUUUACAGUAAAGCAUGGAUGGACAUGGCCAAGCUGAGAAGGAGGCAAGCGAGGUGCUUCGUUCAUUUAACAUCCUUGGGGCCCCCCGGUCUACACAAAAUGAACCACAAAAUCUUUCUACAAGUACUGGUACCUCACAGCCAAUGGUAAUGGUGCCUCCACAUCCGCCACAAUGGCACCUCCAUCCACAGCCUGUUCACAUAAUGACUUAUCAGCCCCAAGGAAAUCCACCGACAUCUCAGAGUGACAACACCAGCAACCAACAACCACCCAGUGGACAGCAGCAACCACAACAGCAGCAACCACAGCAGCAGCAGCAGCAGCCACAGCAAGGCCCUCCACAGCUAACUCACAUGACUGCCGAUCAGCUGUCUCAACUUCAACCUCAACCCCUAGAGCAUUCCAUAUGGUCUACGACUGAGAUGGAUGGACAGAAUGGCAUGAAUUCCAACUACCCCAUGGGUGAUAUGCAGAGCCAGGAAGGAGACACUACUCUCAACACUAAUGAUAUUAAUGAAGAGGAACAGGAAACCAAACCCAAAAUCAAGAAGGAGGUGAAGAAAAAGAGAAAAUUGGCCGACCUGCUAGCAGAGGGUAUCGACCCUACUAAACUGGAGGAAAAUAGUGAUCAAGUGAGAGAACGCUUUGGAAAAGGUUGUGAAUGUGAGGGAGAUAAUUGCUUCAAAAACAUGAACCCAGAAUUUGUAUUUAGACACCGAUUAAACAUUGCCGAACUAACUAAAAAUGAACAUGACAUGUACCUAAUGGGAGUGACUAUGGCGUGUCUGGCGAACCCAGAAGAAACUUCGCGUCACAAAGAGAGAAAGAGGCUCAGGGCGUCGUAUGUGUUUCAAGGGAAGAAAGUUUGUCUAGAUGCUUUCUUAUACUUGGAAAAUUGUACUCAUUAUCAGUUGAAAGCCAUAAGAAAACAUGUAAUGGUUAAUGGUGUUACUCCAAGAGUGCAUGGCAACCAUGGCAAGAAGCCACCAAACACAUUCCCCCUGGACACUUACCAGCAUGCUGCUGCUUUCCUGCAGAGCUAUAUUGCCAGAUAUUCCCCUAACACAAACACCCCUAAAAAACCAAACAAAUCUGGCAAGUCUCCUCCAGUUUACCUACCAGCUGACAUCACUCGCAAAAAGAUCCAUAAUGCUUAUAAGGAGUAUUGUGAACAUUUUGAGCCAGACGUCAAGGUGAUGGGUUAUUCCUCUUUUAGACAUUUCAUGAAAGAACAGUUUCCAAAUGUUAAAUUUUUCCGAAUGGAUAAGAAAGCCGAGCGUACAAUGGGUCAGAGUGACGAUGAUGACGAUGACAAUGACAAUACUACCGGUGCACAGAAUCCGCCAACACAGCCACAGGAGCAACAGCAACAACAACAGCAGCAACAACAGCAACAACAACAAAACCAGAGACAAGAUCAGCAGCGUGUAGAAACAGGUGCCCAGCAGGUGAUGCAGCAGCAACAAGCACAGCCGCCACAAGAGCCUCCUAAGGACGCUCGUAACACGCCACCAGUAACGGCAGCGACCACCGCCACGGUACCACCGAACACCCAUCCCGGGGUACCCGUUUCCAUGUCACAUGCACCCAUCAGUACUAAUUACCCUGCCUAUUCUCACGUCCAGCUGCCCCUCAAUCUACAGACACAGCAGCCUCUGUAUUCUGCAUGUAUGCAACCUGGUAUGUUUGCACCAGGACAGGCCACAACUCAAGUACGACCUGCAGGUUUCCCCUACACUAGCCUUUAGAUAACAGAAUCACAGGAUAGAGAGUUGUAUUGGUGAAUUUCUGUUUUGGUGUUUCAUGGUAUUGUUGAGAUUUUUGACAACAAAAUGGGACCAGGAGGACUAUUAGUUUAACCCUUUAACUGUGCAAAACCCUGAAAAAAUAAAUCUGUGGGAAGAUUUUGAAAAAUAAAAAAAUUAUUUUUCUUACAGUUUGAUAGAGUUCAAUUUUCUGAAUUGAAUAAGACUAAAAUAUGUGAAAUCUGAUAAAAAGUUAGGAUUUUAUGGUGUGUUGAAGAUAGUGGAAACAUGAUCACUCGAUGGCAACAGCGGCAUAAAAGUGCCAGCAAUGUUUACAUUUUAUAGUUAUUGAUGCCAAGAUAUGAUUGUUUUUCUGUUUUUCAUUGCUUUUAAUGUUUAACACUGUGUUAGCCCAACAUUGCUUCACUUGCAGUAAUUGGUAUAUAUACAGUACAACUUUAUUACAGCCUCUCCUCGCUUAACAACAUACUCGUUUACCGACGCCUCGGACUUAGGACGGGCUCUCUGCCCAGUAUGCAUACCUAAAUAAUGUAUAUUAGAGCUGAUUUCUUCUAUUCUGUUUGUUACAGUAUACAGUACACUUCUGUAUAAACAUUGAAAAAUAUACCAGAAAUGUUAUAAAUGGUGCAAAGGUGACAAUAAAACAACAUCAAAGAUGGUUGACACAAACCCACUACCAUUAUACUGUAGUAUGCUCCUCACUUAGCGACGAAUUCGUUUACUGACAUGGUCUUAGGAACGGAACUCCGUCAUUAAGUGAGGAGAGGCUGUAUUUUUUUUUUUCUGUCUUGGUCUUUUAAGGCUAUUGACAAGGAAUACUUAAAAUAUUGCAAUUGUUUCAGAGAGUAAUACUCCUCAAAACAUGGAAAUUAUUCACAUUGUUUGACUUUACUGGGUUAUCUUGGGUUAAAUAAACUUAGUGUACUUUGUGAUUGAAUUCCAGUGUUAGUAUCAUGAAAUUGUAACAAAUUUUGGAGUAAGUCAUCUUAGUGCCACUUGCACACCCUGUUUUAUGGUAGGGAAGCAGGUGGUAGAAAUACAGCUCCUGAUUCCUUUGUUUACUUUUGUGAGUGAGGUGUACUAGUGCAUUGGACAUACACUCAUCACCUGAAUAGUUAGCCAUGAUACAUUGUGUGAACUCUGCUGGCCUUAGAUUUUUUUCAAAUGUAUGAAUAGAUGUAAAAAGGCACAAAGAAUUGUGCCGAGGUCAAAAAUAUUGGCAGGUGGCAGAUUUGUGGGUGUGAAAAAUUGUGCAUACUAGUGCACUGGACACAAUACCAACACCUGUGGACUAAUACGUCGGACACAAUACCAGCACCUGGUUCUUGUACAUCGGACACAAUACCAGCACCUGGUUCUUGUACAUCGGACACAAUACCAGCACCUGUGUACUAGUACGUCUGGCACAAUAUCAUCUGCAUACUAGUACGUCAGACACAGUUAAAGGGUUAAAUAAAAGUCUCAAAGUAUAAUUUAGUCCUGUUUCCUAGGGGGUAUUAGUACUGCUAGACUUGAUAUGUAGGUGCUAGUAACAGCCAGCACAGAGUGCCUCUACUACAAAUGUUCUCCACACUAACGUGUUUGGGCCAUUUGGGUUUUACUUAAGGCUUCCUGAAAAAUUAUUCAGGGGUUUAACCAGAAUUUAAGUACGAUGCAGGUUAUCAGAAACAUUGGGCGCAACAUCAUUCAAAUGGAGUGCCUAGUGCUCCUCUGUCCUCUGAAAUUGUUAUAAUUAGAAGAGGUCAGAUGAAUAGUACCUGACAAUGCGGGUUGAUGUGUAUAUUUGGCAGCUUAUCUUUCUAACUAUUUUACAUACUUCUCAUUGAAUAGUACGAGACACUGCACCGACAGUUGAUCAUCAUUGCACGUGUUGAUGCAGGUCGCUGGUUCAGGCUUCGAAGUUUUUUUUUCUUACAAGUGAAGAUUUUUCAACACUUUGUUAAUUUAUUCAGAGUGACAAUCUGCAUUUCUAGUAAUGUUCCAUUGCAGAAUUUCUUCCAGAUAUAUGAAAAAACAGAUCCUUAAUUGGUGCUGUAACUGAAGUUUUUUUUUUUUUUUUUGACAUUGCAACUAAAGAACAAAGCAAACGUAUGGAUUACUAAAGAUUGUGCCUGUUCCAUUUCAUGUUCUCAUAAUGUUUUUCAUGAUCAUUAUCAUUGUCAUCUUCAUAAUCAUAUCAUAGUUUGUAUGAAUUCCAAGAUUCUGUUGUCAGCAGUACUGCUGAGAAUUUUCUCAGUAUUGUAUACCACAAAGGCAUUGUUAUGCAUGGAGUUCCAAGCCACUGUAUAGGCCUUAGCUUUCCAGUUAUGGUAUAUAAGACAUUGUGAUUUGAUAAGGACUUGAGAAGUUUAUAGGUACUUAUUAAUAACUUAAAUCCCAGUGGGCAUUAAUUUCUACAAACGGUUGCCAGUAGCUGCCUCUCGCAAAGAAAUGGCAAGCUCAUGUAUACACUGUAAAUAUAGUUUGAAGUUGUGAGGGCGGGUUAAUUAUUUUUCACUUUUAGUGGUGCCAUGGAAGAAGAGUGAACGACUUCAGUGACAUGUGUAGAUUACAUUAAUUAUAAAACUUACUCGUUACCAGGUAAAUUUAUUGUAUACGUUAUAAUAUGCCAUGCUGGUAUGUAUUUCAUUUUAUAUUACCAGAUUCAAGUGCCAAAAAUGGGCACAUACACUGUGCUCGGAAAAUUGUUCUCAAAUUCACCUGGAAAUUUAUUAUAUUUCUAGGAAAGUGUAUAUCAGACAUUUUUUGCUAUGCAUACUCUUAAAAACUUAAGAGGAAAUGACUUUUUGUAUGAAAAACACUUUUCCCUAAACAUUUUCCAUUUAUAAAUGACAUAUUUAUAUGGCCAUUUCAUUUUAGGAUUCUUCACUCGGUCAUUUCAUUUGGUCACCUACAGGGAGAUGCCUGGAUACUGGUUAAGGGCUCUUGAUCCAAGGAACUGGACUUAUUCUUCCUUUCCUUGGCUCUAAUCUAAUUGCCUCCCAUUUCCCAGACACUAUAUGGGUUUAUCCCUGUCCUUGAUUAAAAUAAACAUUUAUGUUGUAUGUGUGUGCUGAUCUUUUAUAUUUAGCUAGUUUUGUUGGGCACACACCAAGAAACACACCACUUAGGAACCUCUUUCACUGACGGCAGUCUUCCUAACGUGACACUGGACAAGAUUUGUUUUCACUGCAAGCAGCAAAUUUCGAAGCAUACCUGAACAACUGUAUACUGACACAAGAACUCUUGACACACAUCUGCCAAGACAUCUAUUUCAACCCUCCAAAAGAUGGGGUGUGCAUCAUCAGUGUUAAUGAUGCUGACCAGGCCAAUAAGCUAACACAGUACACCAUUGACAGGACUGUGGUAACUGUACAUUUCCCUCUACCCUCCCUUUGUACUACAGAAUGGCUGUCAUCCCUCACACACUCAUACAACAGUAUUACAGACUGCUUGAUAUGUACAAAAAAUAUUAGAAUUGCAAGGCUUCCCAAUUGCUAGGGUCAGAACUUGUGUCUGCCUUCUCAUAAAUGACAAAAAUGUCAUGCCUCUGGUUUUGCUAUCCACUCUAUCCCAAAACCAUCCUCCUUCCCUUUCCUAAUCCUUACUGCUCUAUUACUAGUAAGUAAUGUCACUUCUACAAUGGAAUAUCAGAGAAUUUAAGGAAAUCAGGGCAAGCUCUGAGUGUUAGUUUCCUAGUUUUCCACUGAUGUGUUUGUCUACCAGAACCUAAACUAUGAAAUGCAGUCGGAUCUCCUAUCUGUCGUUGUGUUCUUUAAGGCAAUGCUGUAUGUCUCUUUCCUGACUAAUCAUACAAUGAAAGUGUGCCUGUUGCAUGCACUGAUGUUUUGCAUUUCUAAAUUCCCCUUCAUUCACCACUUUAUUAUACUACAGCCCAUUUCUUUUUGGGUAUGUGGUAAAUUUUCUGUUCUUUAUACCUUUCUCCUUUAUUCCUCUUGUCUGUAACUAACAUACAUUUUUUAAUUCAUCCUUGCCUGUGCCUAUGCCACUCCUUUUACUAGCAGUUUUAACGUGCAUCAUUUCUUUUAGGUAAGGUCACAGUGUGACUCGAGAAUUCCACAUCCCCCUACCUCUCCAUAUCUUGAGUACAGUUAUCAUUACACAUUGAGAUGCAUUAACCUGUACCCUUGUACCCUCUCGUGUAUAGAUCUUGUCUGCUCCUACAGCAUUUCACCUGAAUUCGAUUAAGCUACUGAAUUAUCUUCAUGGCAGUGAUCAUUUCCUACUCUUACCAUUUCCAUUCUUGCCAUCACUGUCUCUUCCAAUUUUUGGCAUUUUGAUUGCAAAUUUGGCCCUCUAUUCAAUCAUACCUCUUUUCCUGAUCCUCUCAAUUCUUUUACAGAUGAUAUGGGAGAGCUCUUUGCCUUCACCAUUCUCUGUCUCCACACUUACCAUCGCUUUUGAUCUUGGGUAAACACUCAGGGCAGUUAAUUUGAAACAAAUUAUGUGGGACCACUUAGGUUACAACUGCAUCAAGGACCAUUUUCUAGCUUAUCAACAAGCAAGAGCUGGUAUUCGUUGCAUUGUGCAGAUGGCUAACCUAACUUGUUGGCAUGCUUGUGUGGCCACCGCUAGCUCUGUGUAUGCACUGGAAGUAAUUACCGAAGUUAAGGAAAUUAUGCAUCUAACCCUGCUCCUGCCCUUAUUAUGACUCAAAAAAAACUAUCAGGCCCUUCUGAAGUUACGAAACCAACUGGGUGGGAGGCCAUCCCAUUGAACUUAGCAUCUCAAAAUGAGGAACUGUAAUUAUCCCUUCACAUUGCAAAAGCAUAUCAACACUGACCUACAGCAGCCAAGCCUGAUAUAAAGUACACGUUCAUACACUUUAACACUUGCCUCCUACUUUACAAUUGCUCCUCUUACACCUUUUUAAUCAGAUUUGGUUUGAAGGCAUUUUUUCCUCUGGAAUGGAACACUGCAGUUUUCCUGUUUCACAGGUACUGUACGUCUUGUCAGGAUAGAGAACUAGUAAUAGGCACAUUUUCUUACCAGCACUAUUUGUAAAUUAUUACAAAAUGCUUGGUUAAAAUAUGCCUCAUUUCAUACUUACAGACCUAAAACUGUCUUCCUUCAGCAACUUGGUUUUAGAAAGGUUCCACUAUUGACUUCUUACUCAAGACUUGAUACAUGUAUUUAACACUGAGGUCUAUGACUUUUCUACAGAAACUAGCUUGUUGCACCAUCCAUUAUGUUCAUUUUACACCCUCAUACCCCACUUAACCUCAUCCCUUUCCCUUACAAUCCAUUCCAGCAUUGCAUUGUACAACCUGUAUAAGUUUAAUGCUCAUUUUCACAUUUAAUAAAAGUCCUGAUAUUCCCUCACUUCUCUGCAUUUAUAACCUGAUAUAUUGUGCCAAUUUUGACCCUUGUUAGCAGAGGAACCUGCUCUUUAUGCUUCUUUCUCUGAUGUCAGCACCCCUCCACUGUGUGGCAUGACCCACACAGGUCACCAUAAUUAUCUCAUUGUUAUUUUAUGUUAUCUUCAGCCUAUUCAGUUCCUCACCAUUUUUUUUAUUAAUAAUGUAACUUAAAAACAGUCAGUUUUUUAAAUUAUCUCAAAUGUUUCAGUUUUUCUUUAUUCUACCUUUUUUAAACCCCAUAUAUAAUUUAUUUUCUUUAACCAUUUAUUUUAAGUUGAGAGAGGCAUUGUUUGGGGCAUGAUUAAUAGGUAGCCAUUAUUUCUUAUGUAUAUAAUGAAUUCUUCAGUCUGUUAAUAAUGUCUUGUUGGUAAUAUUAUUUAUGUUUUUAUCAUUUUAUAAAAAUUCUCUGUCCGCAUUUGUGCCGUCUUGCAGAUGUUUUGUUAAUACUUUUUAUUUAUUUUGUAAGAUCAUUUCUCACAUUCUUCCAGAGUUAUGAUCUGCUCAUAAAUUAUAUUUAUUUAAAUACUCUCCAGUAACCAGUCAUAGCACAAAAGUUUCACUCAGUGUUAAAUUAAAAGAUUUCUUUUAACACUGACAGUUUUUCCAUCUCCUGUAAGGUAUGCAGUCCGUAUAUAGUUUGUCUUUCUCAUAAAUUUUUAUUGUCUGCGCCAGUUCUGCUAAAGUUUUUCAUUAUUUUCAUGCGAUAUAUGAUUUUCAUAUAUAUUUCUCCUUGCCAUCCCCAUGUGACUUACCGGUACCUCGUAACCCAGUGCUCUUAACUUUGUAAGAUACUAUGAUGUUGAUUUUUUUUUCCUUUGUAAUAAAUUUAAUAUUUUCAUAUGUUAAUUUAUGGAUGAGUCAAAAUUGAUCUUUUAAGUAUGUUCUUACAGACAUUCCUUUGGGUUUUACAGGUUAUAUUUGUUUAAUCCGUAUACUAGUACUAUACAUUUUAAUGCUAACAUUUUGCCUCGGCUAACAUUAAAAAACUCACCUAACGAUAAUCGUUCUCGGGUACCAAUUAAUAUCGUUAGGUGAGGGUCCACUGUAUGUUAAAUGUGGGGAGAUGGUAAAUGUCACAAGGUGGAAACUUUUCCACAAUAUCCUAGAAAAAUACGGGCUAUCCAUAGAUCACUAGUACUGUACAUUAACCACCCAUGUUCGAACUGCCUUACGAGCAAGUUGUAGACUCUUACAACUGGGUGUAUCCAUGAAAAAUUAGAGUAAUUUUGUAUAAAAUGCUAACAAAUGUAAUAGAAUAAUAAACUGUGAUAUGAAGGUACA